CGCUUUCGAAAGUUUCACAUCCGCAAGAGAGCGGCUGGCUAGGCAAGGCAAGUUGAAUUAGGCGAAGAAGUCUCGCGCGCGAACUCGGUACGCUGCAGGCGAUAACCGCAUUCAUAUGAGUUUUUAUUAUAUUGUGAGUGUGCUGUCGAGUUUUCCGUUCCGUAGUGUGUUUACGAAAAUGCUUCAUAGGUGAACAAUUCUAUUCUAGAGUGUUGUGAUUGUGUUAUUCUCCUUGUUACUUUUACCUUACUGUAUUUAGAAGUUUUUAAACAUGCCUUGCUCAGCGGUAACAUUGUCUAUAGCGACCAUUACAGCAAUCGUGGCCGCAGCUUUAAUGGCUAUAGCAUUUUCUACAGAUAACUGGCUUUACAUAGAUGUAAAACGUACUAAUAUACAGACAUAUGCUGCAGAGAAUUCGGCUGCUAACUCGCAGAUACUAGACAGCCUGAACAACAAAUAUUUCUUCUACACAAGGACGCGAGGCUUGUUCCGUAUAUGUUAUCCCAAGGAACGACCACCCACAGUGGAGAUCUACCUGUCGCCAGUGGAGACACACUGCAGCAAUGUGGAUUACUUCAUACCGGAUGAGAACAAUGAAACCAAGGGACUGUCGGAUGAUGCGAUGAACAGGUUGCAUAUGGCCCGGUCAACGGUAGCUUUGUUCAUAGUCGCGUUUCUAUCUCUGUUCAUCGCGUUUUGGACGGGCGUGGUGGGAUGCUGGAAGCGAAGCCCGGGCAACAUAACCGCCACAGCUAUUUUGAUGUUGGUAACAUGUCUUUUAGCGGCUGGAGCGAUGGCGUUAUGGCACGGGGUGGAGUUCUACGAGAAGGAGAAGGUAGUGGGUGAGGAAUACUAUCAGCAGUGGCCCAAUGUGUUAAAAGACAACUCGUCAAUAUGGUACGAUUGGUCGUACAUACUCGCCUGGUUGUCCGUCGGCGUCUCCUUUGGCAGUUCAAUUAUGUUCUUCUCCGCUGCCAUUUGUCUCAGCAAGGAGAAACAACGAGAACAGCAGAAUAACGUGCAGUACAUAAUGCCAGUGUACCCACAAAAGCAGCAGUAUGCGUACGCCGGGUACCCGCCGCCUCAGGCAUACACCGGCCCCUACUACCACGGCUCGCAGUACGGGCCCUACAACUACUGA